UGUAAUUUCUGAUCUACUGGGAAUCAAAAAUAAUAAAUUUAAAUAGAUUUCAAAAGCGAUAUCAUUGAUAGUAAUAAAAAGAAAGAAAAUACUAUGAAACUAUGAUUAACUCUUGUUUUUCUGAGUUUAUAUUUGGGAAGAAACUUUUUUUUCAAGCAGCUGAAGUAAUAAUAAAAUCAUUAAGUGUAAUAGCAUGUGGUAUGGAAGAGUUCCUGUACUGACAGUGUCUGUGGACUGCCCCCUAGUGUUUUGGAAGAUUCACUUCGACGUUAGUACGUCACUCUCCACCGGCCGCCGCGAUAGCCUCAGCCAAUGGAGAGUGAGUACUGAGCAUUCCCUCAGCCAAUAGCAGCCUGUGUUGUAUUUAAAGGUUUUAAACCGAGGGCCGUUUGAAAUUAAACGAGCAGUGUUCGGAGAGUUAGCCAAUCUCAGUCAGUCUCUGUACUGCUACAGCUUUGUGUUUCGACUUUAUUGUUUUAUUAGCACUCAUGUAGUAUUUUUCAGAAAAAAGAAGUGAUACUAAGGUAGACUCGUCGUAACGUCUUCGUGGAUAGUCCUUAUGUUUGUAGCGAGCCACAAACGCCAGCUGUGGUCUACUGGCCGAUGUAGCUGUUAGCUAGCCUCCCUUGGAGCUGUUUUCGACCUGUUUAUGUUCUAGAAAAAUUAUCGUUUAGCGCUGAAUCGGGUCAUUGCAAUAAUAUAUUUAGAUUAUGGACUCUACUGCUAUGCACAAGAUGCCAAAAGGCACGAAACUUCAAAGGCCUGAAAUUAAGUCAACCAGUGAUGGGCCCAAGCGGAUUCCUGUAUUGCAGCAGUCACAGCCCAUUCAGAAGGCUGUAGUCACACCAACCCCGCAUCAGCGAGUUCUAGGUGUAUCAAAUGGACCUCAGCGCGUUCAGAGGCCUAUGAGUCACCAGAAACCAGUGUCAAACCUGCCCGCUACUGUCAAGUCGACACACCCUGCUGAUCAGAAUGUGAACCCCGCUACUCAGAAUGUAAAUGCAGCAACACAGCUCAAACCCAGCACCCAGCAAAAGCAGCUGAAAACGCAAGCUCCUAAACCAAACCUGACCAAACCCCAGUUGGAACCACAAAAGCCAGAGAAGCCACAGGACAAACCUGCCAAGAACGAUCAUGCACAAACCUCUACAUCAAAGACACGAUGGAGUCUGGAAAAUUUUGACAUUGGUCGUCCUUUGGGAAAGGGGAAGUUCGGGAAUGUCUACCUCGCCAGGGAGCGACAGACUAAGUUCAUCCUGGCCCUGAAGGUGCUCUUCAAAAAGCAGCUGGAGAAGGCUGGGGUGGAGCACCAGCUGAGGAGAGAAGUGGAGAUCCAGUCUCACCUCAGGCAUCCGAACAUCCUGCGACUCUAUGGCUACUUCCACGAUGCCUCUCGUGUGUACCUCAUCCUGGAGUUUGCACCCAGGGGAGAGCUGUACAGCGAGCUCCAGCGCUGUGGGCAUUUUCCCGAGAACAUAAGCGCCACGUACAUCAUGGAGUUAGCAGAUGCCCUCAACUAUUGCCACACCAAAAAGGUGAUCCACAGGGACAUCAAACCAGAGAACCUGUUACUGGGGGCCAAUGGGGAGCUCAAGAUCGCGGAUUUCGGCUGGUCUGUUCACACCCCGUCCUCCAGGAGGUCCACUCUGUGUGGGACACUGGACUACUUACCUCCAGAGAUGAUUGAGGGGAAAACUCAUGACGAGAAAGUGGACCUGUGGAGUCUCGGGGUCCUUUGCUACGAGUUCCUGGUUGGAAAACCCCCAUUUGAAGCAAAAACCCACGAGGAGACCUACCGCAGGAUUUCAAGGGUGGAGUACUCUUACCCACCACAGGCCACUAUCAGUGCUGGAGCUAAAGACUUGGUUGCCAGGCUGCUGAAGCACAACCCUAUGCACAGACUGCCCAUCCAGGGAGUCCUGUCCCACCCCUGGGUGGUCGAGUACUCGACCAAGAAGCCAACAACCUUAAACAGUGAAGAGCCCAGCCAGUGACUGGUCUCUAUGUACGACCGCACGUCUGAUGGAGACUGUACAAGAUAAACACGAGGGUGUAGCUGAUGUAUGAAAAUCUGCUUCUAUCUCUGACUUUAAAACCACUUGGUGGAACAGUAUUUUGGUUUGCAAAUAUUUUGAGCCACUUAGCUAUAUUUGUUAUCUUUUUUUUUUUUUUUAAACUUAAUGUUUUCUGUCUUACCUGAACUUUCUUUCUGUGGCAUUCUGUUUCCUGUAAAUAUUUUACUGUCUGCAGAAUUAUGAGAGUUUUACUGAGCUUUUCUAAAACGUCAUUACUUGAAAUUGAAAAAUAAAUUAUCAUCAAAGACUCUCACUCUGGAAUUUGUCCAGUGUGUAUUUAACAGUUUUUGUGUUUCAGGCUCAGUUAUUUUACUCAGUAACCUGUCUUCACACUGACGUUUGAGUGAGGCGCUCUCAUCGACUUCAUACACCUCCAGCUGUGUCCAGGCUGCACAGGGAGCUGGUAGAAGAAUUUGUCAUUUAUGAAAAGUUCCUGUUUCAUUUAUUUGUAAUGUAAGUGUGACUUGUGGGUCUGUGGUAACUGGAUUGGUUAGAUAUUUGUUUUGAGGGAGUGUGUGUGAGUCCUAAAUAAGUGGAAUUGACUUUAAUUUCAAUAAGUCACAGAUUAAAACUGCAUGUGCCAAAUAUGAAAAACAUGUUAAAGGUUUGCUGACCUGUCUUGA